AUGGUCUCAGAGCCUGACGUCAACGACAAACAACUGUUGAGGGGCUCUCAAAACGAGAACAACGAUGAAGAGCAAGGUCUGACCGAUGUUGUGAAUCGGCUGACUUCAAGCCUCGAGUGA